CAUUCUUCCUCCACCUUUCGAAGGGUUGGACGUGCGUACUACUACUACUACUGUCCUCAUGGCCUUGGUCAGCGACGUCUCGCUCCCUUUGCAGUGAUGCGAGGUCCGAAGUUGAGGCGCAUCAAUGGCGACUCGACCUGGCUGCUUCAGCUUCCCCUAGACGAUGCCAAAGGUGCGACUACGACGUUCAACGUGCUCCUCGACCCGUGGCUAGACGACUCCUCGCAGGUCGACUUUGCGCCUCGCUUCUCUGAGCAGCGGCGCCUUGUGCCUUCGCUCGCCACGUCCGUCGCCGCGCUCGAGUCCCUUCUCCAGUCUGAGAGCGACGACGAUGACGACGACGAGAAAAAAGGCGGACCAGGGCGAGCCUCGAGACACAUCGAUGCCAUCCUCAUCUCGCACCCUUUCACCGACCAUGCGCAUCCCGAGACGCUCCUGGACGAGAGCCUGCCGGCACGAAUACCCAUAUACACUGCGCCGGAAGCAGGACGACGGCUGCGUGGUCUCCUGGCGCACGUUCCAUCAAAGUCGCAGCAGCGCAACAUCGUGGACAUUGAAGUGGCAAAGAUGGACGAAAAGUCAGCCCCAGCCUGGGUCCAAGACGCCAGCCUAGGUGCCAAUGUCCACUUUGUUUUUGUGCCCGCUCGAGAGUCCAUCUUCUCGGCCGGUCAUGGCGUAGCAUGGCCCUCGCUCCAUGGCGCCGUCCUUGUCCUCUACCGACAUCCGGGGACAGCCACUCGAGACAUCGGAUCCUUCCUAUACUCGCCACAUGGGCUAGCGCCCACGUCGGUCCCACGCUGGCUCACCAGGUUGACGGAGCGCAGCCAGUCAGCUGACGACAGAGCUAAGCAUGUGCUCAUCCAGUCGUUUGACCGCCAGGAACUCCCUUGGAUUCUGGCCGGCACCGUCGCGACCGGUCUGCCUGGCGCGAUCGAGGUCGCCGUGAAGGCCUUCAGAGGUGAUGCUCAAGGGAGGGCAUACAAUGCAGACUACAUCCUGGCGACGCACGACGAGCACAAGGAGGGUGCAGGCGUCGUCGCACGUCUACUCCGUCGCUAUUUUCUCGGCCAGCGCAACGCCGAUGGCUCGACGGGCAAGUCGAUGCUGGCCGGAGAUAUCCAGAAGCAGGCACAGGCUCUCAUUAAUGAUGAGCUCCAGGGAGGCAGGCCAGUCACGGCCCUUGUAUUGGGGACGGAGGAUCGCCUACAGCUUUAG